AUGGCGGACGACUACUACCGGUACGUGGAGGGGCAGCACACGCUGCGCGGAGAGAAUACGAAGAAGGUGUACCGUCUCGGCGAUCCGGUGCGGGUCCAGCUUGUCAGAGUGGACGGCGAACGCCGGCAGCUCGAUCUGGCCCUGGUCGAAAUCCUCGACCAUGUUCGCGCGCUCGAAGGCCGGCCCGACCGGCCGCGCCGGCGGAGCGGCCGCAAGGCGGGCGGAGCGGUUGACCGGCGGCCGGAGCGCGCGCGGCCGCGCCGGAGCUGA